CAAGUGUAGUAUUUUUGGUUGCAUGACGUCAUCAAAUUCGCUCUGUAAAUUUUCUCAUUUUUGGAGCACUUAUCCUUGUCCGUUCGUUCUCGUUUAUGCAUCUAAUUGUCCAUAAAGCUUUUCUGGUCUUUUUGGUACAAGUUUGGUCUGAAUUGGUCAAGUAUUCACCGAAAUAUUCGCUACUUUCGAUUUGUAGCGUACGUUGUUGUUGUUAAUCUACGAUAAAUCACUAUCAUAUAUCAUGCUGUUUUCGUCUAAAGCUGGUAUUCUUCCAACGCCAAAUUCUCCUAAAAUCAACUCAAAGAAUCCGAAUGACUAUGUUAAAAGUUCGAACUAUCCUAUUCCUUUCCAAGCAGUUAAUAUCGCCGAAAGUUUUAACAUCAAUUGUCAGCCAACGUGGGACAUUAAUGUUGCGUUGAAAGCCGUUAAAUUUAGAGCCGAAUGGGAUCUUUCUGGCCAAGUUUAUUCGAACAGUCCAAACACUGAUGCCUUCCCUAAAGCAGUUGUGAGUUCCCUGGCUACUUAUAACCUCAUACAGCCGGUGUGGAAUUCCUCUUUUAAUGGCAAGAAACUUUGCAUUAAAAUCGAGUGGAAAAUAUCUGAAAGUUUGAGCCACAAUAUAGCUGAAAAUACAACGUUUGGCGGGCAGAAUUCGACGAUAUAUACUUCAAAUUCUCAGGAAAACAGUCCCCUAAAUUGCUCUACACCUUUCCAGCCUUCUACAUCUAGUUUUCAAGUGGAUUCGGGCUAUAAAUCUUCGAAUAUAUCGGACAUGCAUAAUUAUUCACAAGUAUAUUAUUCGCCAGUAUAUUCACGGCCGAAUUAUCAUGUAAACAUUGACAGUAAAAUGCGAAAUUCUACAACGCCUCGUACUAAUCUGUUCAAUUCCCGUCGUAAGCCGUUAGAUGGUCAAGAUAUAUAUAUUCCUCAGUCGAAAAACAAUGUUAAUUGUCCUCAAGACGGCCGCAAAAUCUCAAAGUCGGAAAAUUCGAAAUUAUAUUCUCAGUCUUCGAAACAACAACAAAGUCACGCGAGUGAUAAAGCGGAAGUGACAAGUAUACAAAGUCACGCGACUGAGAUAGUCCCGGAAAUUAACUUGAACGGCGAUUCAAAUGUUGAUAACUCGGUUAUUCAUGAUCAUUCCAAUUCAUCAAUUGAAUCAAGCACUAGCCAAUCCGCUAAUAUACCUACAACUACUCUUUUAUCCCAUAAUCCUCCUGAUAAACCAUUACCACAAUCGGUUCCUGAUGAUACAAUCCUCUCCGUAUCUGAAUUUACCCACAUUGAUCCCCCCAAAUCCCACCCCCAUUCAUUACAACCUCCUCCACCCCCCCGUUAGCCACCCUUUCCACACCUAAGCCGACUGGCCCCCCUGAAUCCUCCCUUGUAUCCCAGGUUCCCCCUUCCUUGCCUUCAAAACCCCUAAGCCCUAUUGAAACCCCUCCCUUAAUUACCCCCCAAUCCUCCCAACCUGCCUCCCAAACCCCUCCAACCCCCUUCCAACCACCCCUUCCCAUACUUACCUCUGAUGUUCCAAAUACCAAUCCUUCCUUGAACUCUCACCAAAGUAAAUCGUCUGAAUCACCAAAGUACACCCUAUCAAAUAAAUCUACGGAUCGUGAUAUAAUACUCAUCCGUGAUCCGGAAGUCGAUCCAAUGAACUGUAAAUACGUUUCCAAGCCAAAGAUCUUGCCUAAAACUGGAAAGAGAAAGAUAUUUUUAGAUCAGAAGCUUGAUGCUGGUCGAAUGGAUAUUUCAGGAAAAUGUCGGUUCUGCGGUCAAUCUGUUUCCUCAUGUUAUGCGGACUUUCAUAUUCUUACCUGUCAAUCAUUUGAUGAAUCCGAAGUAAACCAAUUCUAUGAGGAAAUGGCCAAGCUGUUGUCAGUUGGUGAUAAUUACGAUAUCCAAAGUAUUGCACUCAACUAUUGUCUAUAUGAACUCCAUACUGCUGAAUAUGAUAUUAACGAAUUUUUCGACCUGAAGUCUUUCAAAACAUUCAUUACGGAAAUCGAAUUGUUUCUUGACAAAAGAGUUGCAACGAUGUUCAACAAACUUGGAUACACCAAUUCUAGGCGUUUUAACAUUCUAAAAUAUCCCUAA